GUAUCGCCGUGCCGGUCAUUGUCGAUUAGAGUCUCUCCCAGGUCUCAGUCUCUCCUGCUCUCCACUAACUGCGUGCAACAUAAAACGAGCAGAAUCAUCAUUACAUAGUCGAGAAGGUGAAUCUGAAGGCCGGGAAAAAUGUCGGAAAUAAAUCCAGAAUUGCUUAAAGUAUUCGGCUUUUGGGGCAGCAUUCUGGUCCUGAAAAUGCUGGCGAUGGUGCCGUUAACUGCGCGACAGCGAUUCCGAAAGAGAGUAUUUGCAAAUCAAGAGGAUCUUGUGUUCCAAAACAAAAGCAAAGCCAAAGUGGCUUACGAUGAUCCAGAUGUGGAGCGUGUACGCAGGGCACACUUGAACGACUUGGAGAACAUUCUGCCUUGGUUCAUAGUCACGUAUCUUUGGCUGGGAACAGGUCCUUCGGCAUGGCUGGCCAAGAUUCUGAUACGAACCUUCGUACUUUCCCGUGUAGCUCACACCAUAUCGUAUGCAGUAUAUUCACAACAACCUAUGAGAGCGAUAAGUUUCUUCGUGGCAUAUGCAGUUAUGGGUUUCGAAGCGGUUAAGACAUUGUUGUACUAUUCCUAAUUUCUACGUUUUCUGAAGUAAUUGCAUCUGAGCAUACAAUGUGAUACAAACAUAAUAAGCUAUACAAUAUUUUUUUGGUAUUGGGGAUAAGAAAUUGUUUGUUACACAGAAAAAUAUUUUACGGUCUAAAAUUAUAUUGUAUGAAAAUAUAUAUAGAUGCAUAUUAAUAAAAAUAUAUUU